AUGAAAGACAUUUUUAUGAAGCUCAUCCUGGCGAAAAGUCCUCCCGCCAAAUGUUCCUACGCGAGGAAGAGCAGCGUGAUAAGUAGCGGCGUGAUAAGUAGCAGCACGAUAAGUAGCAGCACGAUAAGGAGAGGCACGAUAGGGAGCGGCACGAUAGGGAGCGGCACUCAUGCCACAUGCAAACGGAUGCACAGCCACGCGGAUGCCCCCCCCUGCGGCGAAGACAAUUGCAGCUCCAUAAUAAACUACAAAAUGGUGCUAGGCUUGAAAAAAGUAGAAAUAAAUAACCUGUCGUCCAUGUGCAGGGACUUCCACAAUAUCUUCCGAAUUGACAAGCACCAAUUGGUAAAGUACACAAAUGAUAUCCUACCCUUUGUGAGGUACCUGAGGACGAGUGAGAUCGUCAUGAUUUUACACCACUAUGCUUUUAUAUGCUACCACAAUGUACACUUCUACGACAGUGUGUGGAGCCAAGCGAUAAACAGGCUGCAUGAUAUCGACUGUAAGGAGCUGGCCCUUAUAAUAUACAGCAUGGGGAAGAUAAAGUACACGAAUAAAGAUAUGCUUUCCUUUUUCGAAAAGGAAAUAAAAAAAUGGGUGAACAAAUUUACAGGAAGAGAUUGUUCCCUAAUAUUGAAAGGCUUGAAAUGCUUAAAUUACAAUAAUGAAGAGAUUUAUUCACUUAUUUAUAACCGAAUUUUAGCCAUAUCGGAUAAUUUGAAUAUCCUCGAUAUUUGCAUCAUUUUGAAUACCCACAGUAAAAGUAAGAAUAUCAAUUUGAAUUUGUUCGAAACACUCCUGGACAAAUCGCUGACCUUUUAUUCAGUCCUAAAUGAGCAAUGCAUUGGGUCUCUACUAUGGAGUGUAAGUCAUGCUAACAUUAAAGCGGAGAAAUAUUUUGCCUUGUUGGGUUUGAGGCUGCGCAUGCUUAUGCACGAGAAGUUCGUGAAGGAAGGAAAGCUUCCGCAGAAAGAUCCCUUUGAGGAAGAUAUCUCUCGAGGGGGAAAAAAAUGCAGGGAAGAUAAACCAGCAAGAGAAUCGAAAAAUGAAUGCCCCCAAAGGGGGGUCCACCAAAUGAAUGGCGCACCCACAUCGGAUGACAUAAACUAUCAGGAUAGCCAAACCAGCAGAAACGGAAGCAUAGAUGAUUAUAAUUAUGACCUUUUCGAAAAUAACAGCGGAUCGGAUAACGGAAACGAAUCAAGUGAUAUGUCCGACCAUAUAGACGACUGGAACUUCCGACUCAGUUCCCAUACCUUGUGUAAAUAUGAAAAUGUCAUACCCUCCAUUAUCUACUCAUUCGGGAAGCAAAAAACGUAUAUGAAGCACAAUAUCUAUGUGGACAGAAAUUUAUAUAAUCACAUUCUUAACAGCUACAGUGUUGAACAUAGCAUUAACAGCAGCCCGCAGGAAAGUGUGUACCUGUUUGAUAUAUCGAGAAAAAUUUUAAAAGAUAAACACAUUUUUGAUAAUCCGAAUGAUGGUCAGAAAAAAAAUAAAUUAAGAAAAUAUCAUAUUAAAAAAUAUUAUCAAGAUAUAAUUUAUAUAGUAAAUAAUUACCUGCCUUUUUUUUUGUGCAACAUACACUACAAUGAUUUAAAAAAUGUCCUUUUUGGGAUUGCCAAAAUUGAAAUGUCUGUGAAUAAAAAAUUGCUUAACGAUAUAUUUGAAUUAAUUGUUCGGUAUGUAAAAUCUAAUUUGUACAAAAAUUAUGAACUUAUCAAUUUAUCGAGAUCGUUAUCUCUGUUGCCUCAUGUCAAGGCAGACUUAUGGCAUUGCAUCAUCGAUUGUUACAAAAAUAAUUUCAUGGAAAAUACCAGUGUGAAGAAUAACUGUUACAUGUUUUAUAUAUUCUCCUUCGUUUGGAAGGGUUUGGCUAGCACAAAAUUUCAGGACAACUUAAUUCUUUAUAUAUGUGAGAAAACUGCUCAUCUGAGCAAAGAGGACGUCAUACAUGUCAUUAAAGGAUUGAUUAAUCUCAAUUAUUAUCAUGACGAGUUAGUAAAAAAUGUAACUAAUUAUGUGAUAAAGAAUUACGAAUCCUUUAACCUCAUCGACAUAGUAUACAUUUUAAAGUACUUCACAGCUAUGCACUUACGGAACGAAACUAUGGACAUAACUCCCAGAGCAAUUGAAGAUAUCCUACUGCAGGAGAAGAUGAGCAAGGAAAAAAAUUUCACCACGGAGGAGAUUCACUGUGAUGAGGAAUAA